GGGGCAACCCGACCAAUGAGAACCGAGAUCCUCCGUCCCCGCGCCUGCGAGCCGGGCGCGCCAGCCAAUGGGCGCGCGGCAUUCAAACCCCACGCCGCCUUGCCCGACGGACGCCAUAUUCCGCUCGUCCAUGGCGGUUGCGUAGAAAGCCGCGGCGGAAAAAGCUCACUUCCAGCUCGAAUUUUAAAGCGCAGGGACACCCGCCGGCACCCGCGAGACGCCAUGAGUGACAUCCUCGACCCCAGUAAGCUGAAGGUGACGGAACUGCGCGCCGAAUUGCAGGCGAGGGGCCUCUCCACCAAGGGAAAUAAGCCGGUGCUGAUCGAGAGGCUGCGGGAGGCGCUCGAGGCCGAAGAUGGCGACUCAGUGGAGCGUCCUGUUGCUGAGGGACAGCAGGCAGAGGACCCAGAGGGGGCAUUAGACCGAGGAGUGUAAGAGGAACGCCACGCAAGAAGUCGCCAGAAGCAGCUGCUACACCAAAGAAGAGAGGCCCAGAUGCAGUGCCUACACCAAGAAAGAAAACUCCUGAGCCUGCAAUACCUGAGGUUCCUGAGCCAGAAGAGGUUCUGCCGCCCAAGGAAGCUACCCCCUCCCCACAGAAGACACCGCCAGAGCCCACUCCUUCUCCCCAGAAACCUGCACCCUCUCCACAGAAAGUGCAGUCAUUGCCCACUCCUUCUCCCCAGAAGCCUGUUCCCUCUCCACAGAAAGUGCUGCCAGGACCCACUCCUUCUCCCCAGAAAGUGCUGCCAGGACCCACUCCUUCUCCCCAGAAAGUGCUGCCAGGACCCACUCCUUCUCCUCAGAAACCAGUACAGUCCCCAGUGAAGGCCCAGCCAGAACCUUCCCCAUCACAAAGACCAGCACCUUCUCCCCAAAAAGCACAACCCUUGCCCACACCCUCGCCCCACAAACCUGCACCUUCACCUCAGAAACCAGUGUCCUCACCCCAGAAACCAGCACCUUCGCCCCAGAAACCAGCACCUUCGCCCCAGAAACCAGCACUUUCACCUCAAAAACCAGCAUCCUCACCCCAGAAACCAGCACCCUCACCCCAGAAGGCCCAGCCAGAACCAGUGCAGUCUCCACAGAAAACCCAGCCUGAACCUGCCUCACAGGCACCAGCAGCAUCCCCUCAGAAAGUUGCCUCUCCACAAAAGGCAGUCUCGCCUCAGAAACCCACUCCACAGAGUCAGCCUGAGCCUGCAGUUGCCAUUAAGGAGGAACCUGAGGACUCUGCAAAACUUGGCUAUGAAGCAGCACCUGUGGAAGAUAUUGAUGUAAAGAUGGAACAAGACAAUGGAUUUGAGAUGGAGGUCAAAGAGGAGAUGGUUGAGCCAAAGGCAGAAACCAUGGAUGCAGCUGAAGAGGACGAAGAUGGAAGAAGAGGAGAAAAGAGAUCUCAUUCACGUUCUCGGUCGCCUGAACACAAAAAGUCUCGGCCAGAAGUGGAAGAAGUCAGAAUUGAAGAUGAGCCGGACUUUGAUAAGACUGUUGUGGCUCUUGAUUGGUAUAAUUCAGAUUUGUCUCUCAUCAUUGAAAAGGAAAACUUCCUCUCUGCAAAACCUCUCACAAUGCAAGGCUUUGGCUAUGUCUGGCAUGGUGUAAGAGCAACUUACGGCUUCACACGGAGCCGAGUGUUCUUUGAGGUCAAGUGUGAAGACAAUCUGCCUGUCCCCCAGUUGGAGGAUGAACAGCACCCUCAUGUUUUACGUGUUGGAUGGUCUGUUGAUGAGGCUGGGCUGACCCUUGGAGAAGACCCUCUCAGCUAUGGCUAUGGUGGCACUGGCAAAGCCUCAACCAACCUUAGGUUUAAGGAUUAUGGAAAAACCUUUGGCAAAGGUGAUGUUCUUGGCUGCUUUUUGGACAUGGAGUCUGAGCCAAUGGUGAUGUCCUUCACAGUCAAUGGAGAGCACCAAGGCAUGGCUUAUGAAAUCCAGCAUGCAGAACUUGGAGACAGGGCCAUGUUUCCUCAUAUUGUAACCAAGAAUAUGACUUUCAAGGUCAAUUUUGGAACAGAAGAUCCAUGGUGUGAGCCGCUUACAGGCUAUACUUUUGUAGGAAAGGUUCCUCUUGAAGAUCGUGUUCUAGGCACUCAAGGACCCGAGAAGAGAGAGGAAGCAGAGAUUAUCAUGAUGGUUGGCCUCCCUGCAGCUGGAAAGACCACUUGGGUGGAUACAUAUUGCAAAGAAAACAAAGAAAAGAAGUACAAUGUCCUUGGAACAAACAGUCUUAUUGAUAAAAUGAAAGUGAAUGGACUGCCAAGAAGACGCAACUAUUCUGGCCGUUGGGAAGUCUUGAUUGAACGUUGCACAAGAUGCCUGAACAAGUUGUUGGAGCUUGCUUACAAGCGCAGACGCAACUUCAUCAUCGAUCAGACGAAUGUAUACCCAUCGGCUCAGAGGCGUAAAAUGAAGGGUUUUGCUGGCUUCAAACGGCGUGCAGUUGUUAUUUGUCCCACUGAUGAGGACCUGAAGAAACGAACAGAGAAGCGUGAGAGGGAGGAAGGCAAGGAUGUCCCUGACAAGGCUGUCCUAGAGAUGAAAGCCAACUUCAAGCUGCCGGAGGAGGGAGACCUGUUUGAUUCCGUGGAAUACGUCGAGAUGCAGCGGGAAGAGGCCCUGAAGCUGGUUGAGCAGUACAACAAAGAGGGAGAAGAUGCUGGGUAUGGCCAGAAGAAGGGCUUCAGAGGGGGCUUUGGUGAUAGACGUGGUGGGUUCAUGGACCGCCGUGGAGGCUAUGGAAACCGAGGAGGUAGCUUCCGUGGUGCCUGGGACCGUGAUCGUAGAGGAGGCUACAAUGAUCGCCGCAAUGACAGAGGUGGUUGGAACAGAGACCGCAUGGACAAUCGCGAUUACAACAGAGGAGGCUACAACAGAGAUGUAAGAGGUGGUUUCAACAGAGACAACCGUGGUGGCUUUAACCGCGAUAUCAGAGGUGGUUUCAACCGUGAUCGUGGCGGUAGAUCCAUGAACUACCAGAGCAAUUGGAACAGGAACUCGAGUAUUGACAUAAAGAGCACUUCCACUAGUUCUACUACUAACCCAUGGGCAAACCAGCAGGGCAAUCAAGGCAGCCAGGGCUUUGGCAACUAUGGUGGCUACGGGAACAACCAGGGCUGGGGCAACCAGAACUGGAACAGCCAGAACUACCCACAAAGCUAUGGCAACAACUGGAACCAGCAGUACUAC